AUUCGACGCCCCUCACUGGCAAUCGCUCCAGUCCUUUGCUUCCAGCAUCCUUGAGCCAUCGGAGCACUGACCCGCGCAGCCUCACCUCCAAUAGGGAGUGAAUAGAUGUAGCCUAGACUCCUCCCGCUUUGCGAGUCGUGAUUAAAAUUUUCUUUUUUUUAUUGUCAGAGGCUGAAUAACCUCGUUGGAAUGUAUUUAGAUUUUUUCUAGGGAUAACACGCUCUUCAGCGAGAUGCGGGUACAGCGUCAAAGGGGUCCCCGCGGCUCACUGUAAUCAUCACCUGCCGUCCUUACACAUUGUUUUUGUUUAUUCCGCUGUGCUGUUCCAUGCAAAUCUCGGGGACUAUGUGAGCAUCAUGCUGGCGGUGCGAUGCCUGGUGUUCGCUGCUGUGAGUGCGCGGUUUUCCGUCACAGAAGGCUGGAGCAGCGCGGUGAACGAUAGAGACGGGGGAACGUCGUGGGAGUGGGAUGCCGUGGAGGAGCACGGGGACAGGGGACAGGCUGUGGAGGAAAUAGUUCAGCCCAAGCGGCUUCUGCAACAGAUCAACUCAGAGGAAGAGCUGGUUCACCACCAUCUGGACACUCGAGUGAAGAACCAUACAGAGGCACCACAGCCUGUCCAUCUGGCCCAGAGCAGUUUCCUCGUGGAGGCGUUUGGCAAAUCCUUCAUCCUCGACCUGGAGCUGAACCAUCAUCUCCUGUCUUCUGAGUAUGUGGAGCGGCACUUCGACAAGGAAGGGAGACCGUCUGAGAAUAUGGGAGGAGAGCACUGUUACUACCAUGGACGACUGAGAGAAGGACCUGGCUCUUGGGCAGCUAUCUCGACCUGCUAUGGGUUACGUGGGAUGUUUUUCGAUGGAAACUUUUCAUAUGGGAUCGAGCCUGUUCUCAAUUCCCGUGGUCAGGUGUCUGAGCAGAGUGAUCACGUGGUGUAUCGAAUGCCUAACCUGGACCUGCUACUGCCGCCACACUGUGCAGGUUGCUCUUUGAACAGCAGUGACAGUGAAGAAGAGAACUCUGACAAUGUUACCGACGAUGCGCACGAAGACGAUGGUGUCUGGUCCGAGCCCAACGAGCCCGUCUUCACGGACGAAGCCUUAAGACGAACAAAGAGACAGGUCAGACGCGGUCAACGCACCGUCCUCACUGAGACCAAGUACAUCGAGCUGAUGGUGGUCAACGACCACGACCUGUUUGUGCAGCUUCGUCGGUCGUCAUCGCAGACCAGGAACUUUGCCAAAGCUGUUGUCAAUAUGGCAGAUGCGAUCUAUAAGGGGCAGCUCAACACUCGGAUUGUGCUGGUCGCCAUGGAGACAUGGUCGUCCCAGAACAUGGUCUCAGUGGGCGACGACCCCUUGCUGACCCUUAGGGACUUCAUGAAGUACAGGAAGGAGAGCAUCAAGGAGCGCAGCGACGCCACACACCUCUUCUCGGGGAGGACUUUCCGGAGCAGCCGCAGUGGGACGGCCUACAUUGGUGGGAUCUGCUCCCUCACACGGGGGGGAGGGGUCAACGAGUACGGCAACGUGGGUCCCAUGGCCAUCACCCUUUGUCAGAGCCUGGGGCAGAACAUUGGCAUGAUGUGGAACAAAGAACGCCCAAACGCUGGAGACUGCAGGUGUCCCGACCCAUGGCUGGGCUGCAUCAUGGAAGACACCGGCUACUAUCUUCCUCGGAAGUUCUCUCGCUGCAGUGUGGAUGAGUACCUGCGCUUCCUCCAGCAGGGCGGGGGCAGCUGCCUCUUCAAUAAGCCCACCAAGCUGCUGGACUCUCCAGAGUGUGGCAAUGGCUUUGUGGAGGUGGGGGAGGAGUGUGACUGCGGGUCACAGGUGGAGUGUGCGCGAAGUGGUGGAGCCUGCUGUAAGAAGUGCACCCUGACUCACGACGCCAUGUGUAGCAACGGCCUCUGCUGUAGAAGCUGUAAGUACGAGCUGAGAGGGGUAACGUGUCGUGAGGUGACCAAUGACUGUGACGUCCCUGAGAUGUGUACUGGAGACUCGAGCCAGUGUCCUCACAAUGUCCACAAACUGGAUGGCUACAUGUGUGAUGCGGGCCAGGGACGUUGUUAUGGAGGUCGUUGUAAGACCAGAGAUGGACAGUGCAAAACUCUCUGGGGCUACAACUCAGCCGACCGUUUAUGCUAUGAGAAGCUGAACUCUGAGGGCACAGAGAAGGGCAACUGUGGCCCAGACUCCAGUGGCCACGGCUGGGUGCAGUGUAACAAGCAGGAUGUGCUCUGUGGGUUCCUGCUGUGCACCAACAUGUCUGCUAAGCCGAGGUUUGGUGAACUGCAGGGGGACAUGACCAGCCUGACCAUCUACCACCAGAACAGAUACCUGGACUGCCGUGGUGGCCACGCAGUGCUGGAGGACGGCUCAGACCUGGGCUACGUGGAGGACGGGACACCUUGCGGUCCCAAUAUGAUGUGCCUGGACCGACGUUGCCUCCCUGUCCCCACCUUCAACCUCAGCAGCUGCCCGGGAUCUAGUCCCGGAUCUCGCAUCUGCUCCCAUCACGGGACCUGCAGUAAUGAGAUGAGGUGUAUAUGUGAUCCGGAUUACACUGGGAAAGACUGCAGUGUCUACGACCCCAUCCCUGACCCCACCCCUCCAGAGGGCCCUGAGAAAUAUAAGGGUCCCAGUGGCACCAAUAUCAUAAUAGGCUCCAUCGCAGGGGCAAUUCUGCUGGCAGCUAUUGUCCUUGGAGGAACGGGAUGGGGAUUUAAGAACAUCCGAAGAGGAAGAUCUGGAGGCGGCUAAAACAUCUGUCCAUUUGCUGUCCUGUCUUCCUAGCACUGUGUUCUAUCCACUUUGAAGGGAAAAAGAUGUCUUCCAUUCUCUUAAAUUCUCCCACAGUUCUCGGUUUCACUGUUCCUUUUUAUUUCAUUUCUUGUCAAUCUUCCAUCCACAGAUGUCUCACCUCUUGCCUUUGGUAGGUUUGAACUGAAAUACAUUCCAGCCAGCUGUAAAAUCCCCUCAGGCAUUGGUUAUCCACUGUUUCACAUUUUGCUUUUAUCCCCAUUUUGUCACAUCUUCAUAUCUAACAGGUCAAUUUCUAAAUUUUAAUGCGUGGCCUUUCAAUACCAUCUCAAGUUUGUCCCAAUGGCCUUCCCAUGGCUUUGUUUUUAUAAAUGUUGGAGGACGUUGGAAACUCAACCAAUCUAAUCAGGAUAUGUAUGUACACCCACCUAACAAGUGCUUUUACUGAUGUUACUGUGUAUCAGUUGGACGUUUAGGCUAUCUGUCUUUCCUGCCAUUUAGACUGUUCUACUCGACAACGGCGCCUUUAAAAAAACAUUGUCUGUGAAGUAAGAUGAAGGAUGACUCUGAUACUGAAAUGUAAGACUGCUAGUCAGCAUUUCUGUGUAGUUAUAAUUUACUAGUGGAGUAGUUCCCAAUCUGAUAAUACCCUACAGUACAUCCGACUAGGACCAUAAGUCAAACAAAACCAACAUUAUGAUAAACAGUAUCAAGCAGGCAUAACUGAUUGAAAUAUAGUCAUUACAAGCAGACCUGAAAUGUAGAAAUCUGGUUUGUGUUGACAUCAUUGCAACUUGUUUCCCUGUGUAGGUUAAUCAACAAGUUUGGUCUCUGAAUAAAGUUAUUGUUGUGCUUCAGUUAAUAAUAGUAAACUACAAGCGCAAAACAAAAAAAACAAAUUUCCUCAAAAAUGAUGACAAGUGACAUAGUUAUGUGCUAUUCUUAAUUAGGUAUAUACAUGAACACAAAUAUAUGUAUAAAUCUACACAAUAAUAAAAUAUAUAUAAAUAUAGUAUGUUUCUUUAUGCUGCUUUUCAGAAUUGAUCGGUAAUUUAUCAUUAACCAGUAUCCAAACUAACAUAAUAUGUAUAAACUUAUGAAUGUAUUAGCUCAACAUUUUGAGUGUGCGAAUGCUUGUAGCGUCUCUGUGUCGAUAUCAAAAGUAAACUUGUACGGAGAUGGAUACUUGGGUAGCUAGACAGAUGAUUGCACAUACAAAUCUAGCGUAGAAUGGGCAUUGUACUGAAUGAUAUGCAAUCCAUACAGAGACUGAGUAUACAUACCGGUAUGGUGAAUAUGGGUGCUUCUGUACAUAAUGUAUGUGUAUUCUAGGCGCUCGCAUGUUUUACAGUUGAGCCAUAGUCGUAGCUUGUGAAAUGAAAGCACAAGUUUGUGAGUGUGGACUCAAACCUCUUUUUCUGUAAAUAAUAUGCUGUAGCCAUGGGAGAUUCUGUACAAGCAAAAUGUUUAGACAUUUUAAUUUCACUUUUAAAACAGUAGUUGUAUUGUCCUUGACAAAAUGUAAGUAUUUAUUUAGAGACAAAUGGAACAGAAAAUCCAACUCUACAUUUUUUUUUAUUCAAAUUUAAAACUUCUGAUUGAAGAGAGAGUUCACCAAAUAGCAAUUGAAGUACAGAACUGGUGCAUUUUAUAAAAUAAGACACAGACUCAAAAACACUCCCAUGCAUUUAACCCAUAUAAUGUAUUUGAAAAUAGUAGACUUAAUAGAACUAGUUGUGAGAAAAAUUGUACAAAUAAGAUAAUUAAAAGCUUGUUAUAAUCCUUCCACUUCAAGUAACUGAUUACAUUUCACACUACUCAUAUACACUGAAAAUAAGUAUUUAAAGAUGCAUUCUGGGACAUUUGUAAAGAACAAACUUUAAAACCUCUCCGUUUGGGCUGGAUAUGUAAUAUGUUGUUCAUAUGCACAAACUCUAAGUACACUCACCACCAUACCUCAGUAUCCAUUCAAAACAGAGUUUUAUAGGACAUGGGGCACAUAUCUGCACAUACAUAACAUAGUACAUUUUCGUGAUCGGUUUUCUCUUAAAAUCCCAGAAUGCAUCUUCAAAUAACAAAUACACAUUUGAGCCCAGGUCAGCACCUCAAACAGACCUGUCGAUGCAUUAAAGGGACAGUGCAUUUUAAAAGUUACACUGCCGGCCUAAAGUGUAGCAUUAGGUAUUCAUAAACUCAAUUUAACCUGUAUUUCCAUAUGUAUUUGAACUGGAAUACGUAUCACCACAGACCGCUAUCAUUAUCUUGUGCAGCGGCUCACAGGAUUUCUAAAAUUGUAGGCAUUUCAACUUAAAACAAUGUUUUAGAAAAUUUAACUCUCCAGUGUGUUUGCAUAUCAACUGAAAAUGUUUGAAUAUGAUUGUCUGUCUGUGCUCUUAUGGAGGUAUCUCUGUCAUAUAUGUUAUCAAAUACUGUAGGUGCUGUUGACUGAUGUUGGGAAGUUUGCUCUUUGAAAAUUUUAAUUGAGCUUGUCCUCAGGAUUUUUCUCUUACAUGCGUUGGUCAAAGGCCGACUUAGGGCAUGAAAAACAAAAUCUGCCUCUUGGAGUGGUUCUUUGAUGAUAAGUUACUCCUGCUCUCUUGAUACUGCCAUUAGUCUAUCUAGCAGAUUGCUGCUCAUUCACUCCACCAGUAUUUGGAGAUAUGAUUUUCACAGGUUCAUUUCUGGAAUGGAAGCUAUUAAAAUACAGCACUUCUGUAGCCAGAAAUCUUAUUGAUCCAAUUUUUAAAUAUGUUUUUAAAGUAAUUAAGUAAGUAAUGGUGGGUGCAUUAUUAAGUUUAAAUCCGUUAUCCUUGCGUUUCUGCCCAAAGUCGGUCUUUAAUCUAGGCUGGUCCUUUAGACUCUGUCUUGCUUACAAGGCUACUUUGUCUUUUGGUCACUACAACUUGCCAAUUUUGGCUUUUUAAAUGUAGACAUUUUACAUUCCCAGGGUUAGAUGACAACUUGCCUUGACAAAAUACCUACUGGGUUUGGAACUCAUUCCAGAGUUACUGGAUAAUAGACUGGUUCUGUCAUCAUUUGUUGCUGGAGUUGAGUGUGCCUUGUGCAUCCAUAAAAAAGAUCUGUCUUUAAGGCCAGUGAGAUGGUUUUCAGUUCCACAGGACCCAUUAUGGGAUCUUAACACAGUUACACGCUCUUUUAUAUUAAGUAUGAUGUUUAAUAUAAUCUCUAUUUAACUUUUCUUUAAGUUACCACAAAAGUUCCUAUUAAAACGGUAACUCUCAACCCAUUUCUUUGCCUUUGUUCUGCAGACUUAAUGCAGUGCAUUCAGGUGAAGAUUUGUGGAUUACCAGGUUCGGAUUCAUGAAAUUCAUGGAACUGGUUAACACUUGAGUCGUGGUAACCAUAACAGAAAGUAAAUGUACACGUGAUUGUGUUGUAGAAGGAAUUAGGAAUGCUGGUAUUUGUUGGAUAUUAUUUACUGUUUACAUUUCCACUGCCACAAAAUGUAAUUAUUUUUUUUGUUUAGGGAAAUUCUUAAAUGUAAAAUGUAAGAAUUUCUGACAUUUGGGACCUAUAACCCCAAUGUCAGAGUUUUAGAAGUUUACCAAAAAUGCUUCUGGAGUUAAUUUCACGGCUGACCAAAUGCAGUUUCAGGGUUGAACAAACAUGUUUGUGAACAGGUUUCCUGUGUCUACACUACAUUCCUUUUAGUGGAGGCAGAUAAAUACGUAGAUGGGAUUAAUAGACAAUAUUCAAGAGCAAAUAAACAAAUGGCCCUUUUUCAUCCAAAUGUUGGAUAUCUUUAUUCUCUUUUCUAGUUUUUAACUCAAUCCCAACGCAGUCUUGGCAGACUUACCAAUCCUGCAGUAGAGCACUAAAAAGGCAUUGCAUCAACAAAUUGCAUUGAGUGUAUAUAUACCUACAUGCAUAUGUAUUUGUACAUAGCAAUACACUUCACAUACAGCUGUGUGUAUGUAUUAUAAGAAGUGUACAUAGAUGCAUUCAUAUUGGACUGACCUAAAAAAUGUCAGUGUACUUACCAGGAACAUGCAGCAUCUGUCAAUAGAGGACCUAUAACCCACACAUUACCAAUUUGUUUUAUUUUCUCAAUAACCAACUUAACUGUGCAUUGUUUCCUGGACUUCCAGGUUACAUUUUGUACGUAAUGUAUAAAAAACAAAAUCUCUGAGGUGUUCACUUUUCUUUUACUUUUUGGGACAAUUUAAAUUCACAUUUCAUCUGUACUCUUGUGUGCAAAUAAUAUAUAUUUUCUUUUUUUUUAUCUACCUGCCACUGUAUAUUGAAAUCAUAAGUCAAACCGAUAUUGAUGGACUUCGUAUAUUUUUCAAGACCUAAUGGAGGGUCAGGUGAUGACAUUUCAAUUGUGGAAUUAAGAGAAAAGUGAGAAAAUAAAUUGAGAAAAUAAAAUUGAA